AUGGCGCCUGUUGAAGACCAGCCCGAGGAUGUUCUGGACAGCAGUCUUGUGGACUUGAACACCUUCAACCAGAUUCUGGAGAUGGACGAGCCAGACGACCAUGAGUUUAGCACCUCCAUUGUUUUCGGCUUCUUUGACCAAGCCGAGGAAACUUUCGCUGCCAUGGAUACCGCGCUUGCCGAGAAGAACCUUGAGGAGCUGUCUUCCUUGGGACACUUCUUGAAAGGCUCAUCCGCAACUAUCGGCCUGACAAAGGUACGAGAUGGCUGCGAACAUAUCCAAAGAUAUGGAAAGCUAGAGAAUAUCGACGGAUCAUCGGAGCCCGACGAGGAUCUAUGCCUGGAGCGUCUAACCAAGGCGAUUCAAACUGUCAAGGAAGAUUACAAGGAAGUGGAAACGGUCCUCAGGAAGUACUAUGAGCAAUUCGACUCGUAA